GUACGAGCUGAGCAGGCGGCAGUGGAGCGCGCGCGACUCCGGCGGACUCCUCUUCUUCUUCUUCUUCGUCUUUCCUGAGGACUCAGGAGGACUCUUCGCCCCCGGUCGGGAGUUUAUCCGUGAGGAGCCAGGCAGCGGCGCCGCUCGGAGCCAGGGCAGGAGCGGGAACUGUUGUCCCACCGCGUCUUCUUCAUCGCCUCGGAAGUGAGGAGCAGGCUGGAGGAUGGGAGCGCUGCCGCCGCCGCCGCCGCCGCCGCUGCUGCCGCCGCCGCCGCUGCUGCUGCUGCUGCUGCUGUCCCUCGCUCUGUGUUUGGCCACCGCCGUCCCGGAGCACCUGAGAGCGGCAGAUGGUGAGCAACCGACGACAGCAGGUCCCUGCCAUCCUAAUCCUUGCCACAACAAGGGACUCUGCGAGGUCAGCGAGUCCUACAGAGGCGACACCUUCAUCGGCUACAUCUGCAAGUGUCCGGCGGGCUUCAGUGGAGUCCACUGCCAGCACAAUAUCAACGAGUGUGAAAGGGAGCCUUGCAAGAACGGGGGCGUCUGCACUGACCAUGUGGCCAACUACUCCUGCGAGUGCCCUGGAGAGUACAUGGGAAGGAACUGCCAGUACAAAUGCUCCGGACCACUGGGCAUGGAGGGCGGUAUCAUCUCCAACCAGCAGAUCACAGCCUCCUCUACCCACCGCGCUCUCUUUGGACUGCAGAAGUGGUAUCCUUACUUCGCCCGGCUCAACAAGAAGGGCCUGGUCAACGCCUGGACCGCUGCCGAAAAUGACAGGUGGCCUUGGAUCCAGAUUAACCUGCAGAGGAGGAUGAGGGUGACUGGCUUGAUUACCCAGGGUGCAAAGAGAAUUGGCAGCCCGGAGUAUGUGAAGUCGUACAAAGUGGCGUACAGUGACGACGGGAAGACCUGGAGAACGUAUAAAGUGAAGGGCAAAGACGAGGACAUGAUUUUCCGGGGAAAUGUGGACAACAACGCCCCUUCAGCAAACUCCUUCACGCCUCCUAUUGAAGCGCAGUACGUCCGCAUCUAUCCCCAGGUCUGCAGGAGGCACUGCACUCUGCGCAUGGAGCUGCUGGGAUGUGAACUUACAGGCUGCUCCGAACCGCUGGGGAUGAAAUCCGGUCACGUUCAGGAUUACCAGCUCACAGCGUCAAGCACCUUCCGGACGCUCAACAUGGACAUGUUCACCUGGGAGCCGGGCAAGGCUCGUCUGGACAAGCAGGGCAAGGUCAACGCCUGGACCGCGGGCCGCAGCGACCAGUCCCAGUGGCUGCAGGUGGACCUGCUGGUGCCCACCAGGAUCACAGGCGUCAUCACCCAGGGAGCAAAAGACUUUGGCCACGUCCAGUUUGUCGGCUCAUACAAAGUUGCCUACAGCGAUGAUGGAGACCGGUGGAACGUUUAUCAAGAUCAGAAACAGGGGAAGGACAAGGUCUUCCAGGGAAACUUUGACAACGACACGCACAGGAAGAACGUCAUCGACCCCCCCAUCUACGCCAGGUUCCUGCGGCUCCUGCCCUGGUCGUGGUACGGCAGGAUCACCUUGCGUGCAGAAGUACUGGGAUGCACGGAGCAAGAGUGAAGGCAGCGCAGCAUCUGGCCAGAGGAACUGUGCACCAUGUAUAAAGAAGUUUCCAGUGGAUUUUCCAAGAAUUUGUGUGUUGAGUUCUAGUGCGUUGCUGUUUGUUCUUUUGUACGACCAUUUGAAGCCCCCACUGUUUCACCCCUCUGUUCCCCUUAUUUCAAUGUGUCCUCUGUCUGUCCAUUGGGAGGCGUGCCGUCCUGUCUGGAGCCUACAUGGGAGGGGGCGGGGCGAGCUGUUGUACAGUGUCACUUUUGAAGAACCGGAGAAACCACGGCAGGUCAGGACUGCAGCGUCGCUGGAGCCACGUGGCGCGCACCCAUCCAACACCUUGCUACAUGCUCCAGCUUUGCUUCCCACCAGCUCUCGGCUCACUCGGCCUCACGACCACAGUGUUGUGUACACCAUGUAAAAGACGACACACUGCAUGGUGCGUGAUUUCUUCAUGUGUAUUCUGACUCAAGCGAGGGACCUACGGAGGAGUGAGCGCUCAGCUGUUGGCGUGGCGCUCCUGGCCUUCGACAGCAUUUGCAUCCGCUCACUUCUCCGUACUUAUUUAAUGUCCACAAGGUCAAACGCUGAAGUGUUGUCUGGGAAGUCGGUCAAGUCAGAAGCUCAGGAUCGAUCAUGUACUGUCGCCACCUUUCCACAUCGUGCGUGCGUGCGUGCGUGCGUGUCAGUCACGUGGUUUGAGGCGGACGUUCACCAGAGGUGUGUGAUGGAGAUGUUUGGGAGUGUAAUGCGUCUAAAGACACACAGCUUCACCACACGCGUCACGAUCCGAGGGGAAGCGGUGGUGUCUGUGUCUGGGACAGACACUUGGUCCCGCACCAAACUCACCUCCAGGCUGAUGGAGUCAAGCACGGAGCUCACUUCAGUUCUGCUGAAUGAAGCUCUACAGGCGUCCGUGCGCUGGUUUCUGGGACGGCUGCAGCCGUAUAGCGGCUGUUCCAUCUCAGGAGGAGGUGAGAGGUGACGGCGGCAGCUGAUCCCCUGAGACUUCAGAUGAGGGGACUCAUGAAGGAAGCACCCCCUCAGAUGUGGAGAAGCAGCGUAUGAUCCAUUACUGCGCAGCAGUGAAGGAGUGGCGGGUCUGUAGUGGUGCGCGCGCGCGCGCGUGCCUGUUCCUGGUCUCCAGCGGAGCCGAACCCAGCCGGGCUUCUCACAGCUGCUCACAUGAACCAAUGAACGUGCUGCUCAUGAUAAAUAAAGCACCUAUGAUCAAGAGAAGGGAGGAUAACAAUGUUGAAUAUAUUUUCCUUUGGAUGCUGCUCUUGUAUUUAUCAUAUUUAUAUCCCGAUGAACCGUUUGAUCAGAAGCCCUGACGUGCGAAUGAGCCUGGUGGAGCACGUGCGCUUCACACAACAGGCGAGACGCGAGCAGUUGGCCUGGAGUCCCGCUGCUCCAGAGUGAGUGACUCUGCUCUGACUCUGGAGCAGCGCUGCUCCGGAGACAGGAGUGAAUCAUCGCCACGGGUCCAGGACGGUGGAGUGAAGCGCCCACGUCCCAAGAGCUUGAGAACCUUGGGAACAUCUGCAUGAAACUGUAAAAAGAGAAGAGCACUUUCUUUUGUAUCACAAAGAGCCCAACCUUGGUCCUCGUCGUCUCGUGCUUCGUAAACGUCCAUCUCAUGUGUAACCAAUAUUAAGGGGAGACAGGCGUCACCUUGUCCUGUACUGUUGCGUCACAGUGGCUCGGCCAAUCAGAUUCAUGGAAAUAGGUUCUGCUGCUGGUCGACGUUCUGCGCUGGCAGUGGAGACCAACGUGUACAGAGCGAGAAGAUGAUGCUUCAGCAGCUGUUUCUCUUUGACAAAUAAAAAGUUCUCUGUGAAAGAAUAGUUUUCAUGUUGUUUCUUUCACUUCCAUUUGGGAUGAGGACGGUCGAGCAGCUCAGGACACCUCACCACCCUGGUGUCUGAUAUCACAGCACAAUCGACGGAUGAAGUCACGAGCAGUGUGACGUGCGCAGAUCAACUUCACUUCAACUGGAGCCAGCGCAAGAAACAAGCUGACAUCUGUCGCAGGGUCAAUGGGCCCAAAGAUUCAAAAUGACGACCCAGCCUCUUCCAGA